CGUAGUGAAUCUACCAUGAAAAUAAACGUCUAUGAAUAAAAUCUUACGGUUUAUACGUGUUUCAGUAUCCGUUUGGUAUUCCGUGCCGUAAACGCAUUUUAGCCUUGACUGGUUGUAUUGCAGUUGAAACAGUUAGUUUACUUGGUCACGAUGGCUCAUCAAUUUUGGAUAUCGUAUCAUCCACCGACUGGGAACAAACAUGCGUCAAGUGGAGACGAGACUCCACCGAUACCGGAGGAAGAACUCGAACAGCAGAAGCUUGAACAUGAAAAACAGCUGCAAAAGGAGAAGGAAUGUCAGGCGAGAGAGGCAGAGGAGAUCAGACAGCUCGACAUUAAGCUCCUUCACCAGCGGGCCAUAGAAGCUGAAGAAGACAAGAAGAGAGAGAUCGCGGAGGCGGUGGAAGGGCUCCGGGGCAUGAACACCUCGUGGUCACAUCACCGGCUGUGCGACCUCCAGAGACAAGCUGCACGCUUGCGGCAAAGUCGUCCAUCCAUUCCGGACACCACCAGACAUCCGCGGAGCAUGUUGAAGAAAUCUUGCAGCACGCAGCUGACAAAGCCUCAGUCCAGUCACAGCAUCGACGACAACGACGGGAUCUACCUAAAUUUCACCCCGUGCCGCUUCGGACCUUGCCGAGAUGAGUCACUGGACAGCGAUUGCGGUGAGGCAGCAGGUUGUACCAUCACGGUCAGCGCGGAGUGCAACGUUCCCGGGAAGCCGCGCCGGGGCUCCGCAGUUGAUAUUAGUACAAAUGCAGAUGAUGAGCUGUUCCGUCCACCCCCUCGUCUUGGGUGUCGGGCACCAAUUGCGUCCCUGGAUUGUAUGGACGACUUCAGUGCAAAUUCACAACAGAUGUUGGAUCAAGCUGGUGAAGUAACUGUCUCGCGGCACAUGUCCGCUUAUAUGGGAAAUCACACCACCAUGCCAUCGGUGGUGACUCCUGGCUUGCGGUACAAGAACUUGGGGAAAUCUGGCCUAAGGGUGCCCAACAUUGGCCUAGGCCUUUGGGCCAUGAACGAGGACAGCGCUGAAGAUGUCAUUAACAUUGCUCUGGAGAAUGGCAUCAAUCUGUUUGAUUUAUCAGAAGCACAUUGCGCAAAAGGGGAGGCAGAAUUGGGCAGGGUCUUAAAGAAACGUGGUGUAAGGAGGACAAGCGUUAUAAUCACAACCAAAGUAUACUGGAGUACCAAGUUUGCUCCUACUAAUAACAGGUCGGAUGAAAGAGGCCUCUCUCGUAAACACAUAGUUGAGAGCGUAAAAGCGUCACUGGGCCGUCUCCAGGUUGAAUAUAUUGAUGUAGUGCUCUUGCACAAAGUUGAUCCCGUGUGCCCGAUGGAAGAACUUGUACGUGCAAUGAACUUUGUGAUCAAUCAGGGUUGGGUCAUGUACUGGGGGACAGCUCGUUGGAGCCCAGCCGAAAUAAUGGACGCAUACAGCAACUGCAGACAGUUUAAUUGCAUAACGCCUAUAGUGGAGCAGACUGAAUACCACAUGUUCUGCAGGGAAAAACCAGAGCUUUAUAUGCCUGAGUUGUAUCACAAAAUUGGUGUAGGUAUGAUGGCGUGGUCUGCGAUUACUACAGGCAAAGGUCUUGGUCGUGAGGAAAUUACUGGGCUAUUCGCGAAGUCACGAUUCAACAGAAAAUACAGCACAUUUAGCUGGUGCGAAGAAGAUUUGGCAGUGCCUGAGGUUCAAAUAGCUGGCAGUAAGGAAGCGGUGAAUGGUGAAGAGCCACGCACAUAUGGAGACAAACUUCGAGAUCUUUCGAAUCUAGCAAAUACAUUGACAGACUGCUCGAUGAGCCAACUAGCGGUUGCGUGGUGUUUGAAGAACGAAUCAGUAAACUGUCUCCUCCUAGGAGCAACCAGUGUUGAACAAUUUAAAGAAAAUAUUCACGCUCUACAGAUCGUUCCACAACUAACACCGGUGAUCAUGGUGGAGAUAGAGCGUUUGCUCGCGAAUAAGCCACAACGUCCACCCAUGGUAUCAACACUAGCGAUGCGCAACCAACAAAAUAACAACUCUGUCAGGAUUGACAUGACAGGCGCUACCACGUCAGGAACGGGUUCCCCGAAGCCCGAGGGGGAUGUCGUUGAGGCUGAGGCUUCGACCCCCGGUAAGGAGCCCGGACGGGGCUUCUGUGAGAUUCAGUGACCGUGGUGGCGCGGAAGCACUGACUCUGCUUCCAAAUCUAGUAGAUCAAAGGAAUCUCUUAAGGACAAGGAAAAGGAAAAAGAAAAGGAUUCCAAACCGAAAUUCUUCUUGAACAACGCUGGAGAAGUCAUCAAACGUACUGAGCAAGAUGGAGUGUCAACUGAUGUCGUGAUAUCAGUGUCAUCGUUGAAAGGUAAAUCAAAAUCAUCAAGUUAAAAAUUAAAAGGACUUUAAGUGAUUAUCAAAAGUCUGUGAUUGUUGCAAAACUCUGGGAAGUAUUUCUUAUGCAAGUAGUUGGAUAAAAUCAUGUUUGUUGUAUUAUAAAAAUUUACAUAAAACAAAAUAUCUGGUAGAUGUUAUUGGCACUUGAAAUAUUAGUAAUAUUGUAAAAAUUGUCUACUGAUGUAAUGCAUGUUUAGGGAUGUUCGCUGUGAACUACCAAGUAGUGCUAGCGUUAGGUAGAUAGGAUAAACUUGUAGUCCAUUCUAUGGGCGUCGAAGUCACCAGCUGCUUAGAUAAACACAGGAGAUGCAUAUAUAGCGAGUACUCCGCUCUUUAGGAACUAUGUUAGGUAAGCGUAGAACGUUUCCAAAUUGUUUAACACGAUUUUUAGAAGUCAUAGUCUCCCAGUCUUCAGAUGAACACCUCAAACAUCGGCUAUAUCUAGGUACUAAGUAUCGACUUUGAUAGGUACAUAACUUCCCUGUGAAGUGAUUUCUCCUUAAAUCGGUCUUGUAAAUAAUUAACCACGGUGAGAAUUAGAUGAUUCCUUUGAAAACUAAUCUUAGAAACAGAGUCUACUACUAUUAAUAAUACCUACCUUUUAGUACAAGCGGGGGCCGCAAAAAUUGGGAGUAAACAUAAUGUUGAUAUUUCCAUCUUGUUGAUAUUUCGAUCUCAACUUUUGCGGUACUCAUUGUGACUUUUGAGGUUUUUUCUUAUAUUAUAGCUUCCACUGAUCCGCGUUUCUCUUUCUUAAAAGUUGUAGUCUGGCUUAAACAUGGCGUAGCGUUUAAUAUUCAGCAAGCACGCACCAUCGCGAAUAUAUUGAACAGUUUGAUAUGCAAAAUAAUUGACUAAAUAAUCUAGUUCAUUCAUGUCAUAAUAACUAAUAAAAAAUAAUAUUAGUAAUUAGUCAUUGUCAUCAAGUUAGUACCAAGUGUCAGGGUUCGUCUCGAAAGUCCUCAGAAAAUGUAAAAAUAACGUGUGCGUGGUCCGUUUGGUCAGUAUAAGAUUCAAAAGUACCUACGUGGUUGCCGCGACACUGGUUUCGACAUAAUAAUCGGUACCCAUUGUCAUCCUUUUAACAUCAAAUGAAUGGUCGUUUGGUCGUUGUUAGAUAGUCCGUUGUUACCAGGUACGCAUAGAUCGAUAGGGUUGCCUACGGCGACAUUUUAAACUAUAUAAUUGAAACGAGUAACGCAACGCUUUGAAUAAUGUCUGAAGGUUUUCUAUUUGUUUUUCGAAAUUAAACUUAUAACUAAACAGUUCUAAAAUUGAAAAGCAGACUAACUACAUCAAGAUAAUGCAAGGGAUGACAACCUCUUUUCUUCCUUGACCCCACUAUGAAAUCCUCUUUAAAACAUCGCCGACCGCGACGGGUGGCGUCGCGUGCGCAUCUAAAAUUCAAAAGUUCUGUAAUACGAGUUCUUAUCGACAAAAUUCUUAUUUUUUUCGCCCUCAUAUAAAACAAACUAAAAUUGCAAAAUUUGUAAAAAUAUCCAAAUUAACUAAUUAAAAUUACAGUAGUUAAACUAAAAAGUUUUUCAAAAAUAGUUGCCCUUUUAUUUCGUUUAGUAACGUAAUUCCUUGAUAAUAUAUUAGGCAUAAAAGGUCACACCGUUUAGAAUUCUAAUAAAAUUAAUUCAAUUUAACCCUUUAUAAGUAGUCUUUAAUAAUAAAGGUUUUAUGUCACGAAACGCGACGCGGUCAAACGUGUAGGUGUAGUGUGUAUAGAUACGUGCUCUAGUGUGUGUGACUACGGCGUAGCAGUAGCAAAUAUGCUAAAGAAAGGGCAUUGAUCACAUUCUCAUCUACUUAGCCUUUCCCAACUAUGUUGGGUUCGGCUUCCUGUUUUAUCGGGUGCAACUGAGUAUCAAUGUUUAAUAAGGAGAGACUAUCUGAUAACCUCAACUUAGGCAACCCAAUAUGAAAACCAAGAUUAUGUUAAAGGUUUAAGAAACAUUAAUAUAUAACAUUAUCAUUUUUUUUUGUUUAUAUAAAUUGUAAUUGAAAAGCAGUCUCAAAAAUUGAAUAUUAUCCAAAUUGCUAACAGUGAACAUUUUUCUUACACCUCCCAUUGUGAAGGUUCUAAAUAAUUUUGACGCAAACAAAUAAACACUACUAAAGUGGUGCAUAUACCCGAGCAUAUACGCACACGAAAGCAACGUGCAAAUGCAUUCACACACACAAGUACGGCUCACCCGUUUUCAUGACUAAAACCUCUAUUCUUACGAAAAAAAGAAAAUACUUUAACUCUCGAAUUCUCUCUCCCCAAACGAACGAACGAAAUCUCUUCUAUCCCUGAUUUAUCUCAUGAGAUAGGGUCUGUCAAAUUAAUUAAGAACAACUAACGUGUCUCAAUUUGCUCUGAUUCGAUUUAAUGAAGAAGUUUCUUCAAAUUAGGCUAAUUAGGUUUAAUCGUCGUCUAUUAGGAUUAGUGUACAUAUGCCACAUUAAUAUGUGAUGAGACACCGUUGCGGAAAGCCGGGUCGAACCUAGGAUUACUUAGAUAAGUAGCUGUUAACGUCAUUCCGAUCUGUUUCUAUUAUUUUUCUGUAAGCACUGUACUGAAAAUAAUUUGCAAUAUUUCCAAUUUGGUUAGUUCACACCGAUUUUAAUCGCCUAUACCUUCAAUUUUUUAUUACAUGUAUAUAAUUAUAAUUUCUUUUACCUAAAAUAAGAUAAGCGAUGUACAUAUAAAAAAAAGCACAGGAACCGAAAAUAGUGAUUUUUAAAUUAUGUUUAUAUUAGCUAUAUAUUAUGAUGAGCAUUUGACACAGUGCAUCAAUAUUCGUAAUGGAAAUAGGAUUAAAUAUGUAGCCUGUACAUAAGUCCAGUGUGAUUAGGAUUUUACAUAACGCGGAGCCCAGUCAUAAUAUCUGGAUUUUUAAAACUUCUAACUAGCUGUUUCUCGCAAUUUUACCGGGGUAAAUGUAACCACAAAAAAAUCUCCGGAAUCCCAUCUUAAUUAUUAAUGAAAUCUUAAAAUUUCGAUUUAGCACCGUCCAAUUCACCGUAAAAAACAAUGUAACAGAAACUAUGGGUGCAAAUACCGACCGAUCCAAUUUAAAAUUCAAAUAAAAGUAUACCCCUUAUUAUAUACCUAACGAAUGCACUAAAAUAAAUGUUUGUAAAAUGUAUGGGAAAAUGUGCUUUCUCUUGAGAAAUUACAGCUAGCAGCUUGUUCACAAAAUUAUCAUAAGUACUGAAUGUUUGCUGAUAUUUGUUCGUGACCACUAUGAAAGAUUUACUAUGAGAUUAAUACACAAUAUCGCAUUUAAAAUAACCUCUGACCUAUUACGAAUGCACGAAUAGACAGACACCAUCUCGUUGCUGGAGGCCUAAGAACAGCUUCCUUCGUAACUUUUUAAUGGUUUUGCCUGGAUAAGUAAAAAGAUCGCAAUAACAGCAUAUCCCGAUCGAAGUCAAUUUUAUUAAAAAAAAAACAUUACCAGCAAUAUUUCAAUGGGUAUUAACCUUUUUUAGAUCAUAAUGUAAGGAAUUUAAUAACAAAAUACCUAAAUUUAACGAAAAUUAAAAAUGAUUACUAUACAUAAUAAAUAAAUUAAUUAAACGGAAAAUAAUAAAUUAAUUUAGUUUUGACGAGAAAAAAAAAUCAUCCAAAUCCAUUUAACAUCACAAGGCUGUGCAGUUUUUCAUAUAGAAUCGCUAAUUACACUGGACGCCGUAGAAACUUUAUAUUAUAGUGGAAUGAGGCGUUUGUACAUUCAGCGCUGACAAAAGAAGGCCAUCAUCAAUAUAAUACAUACGUUCUUAAAAACAAAAAAAAAACAUUGACCAUUGAAUAAAAUAUAGAGAAAGGGCUAUUGCCUACCCAGCUUUAACAGAUUUUUCUACACUGGCGAAUUUUCCGAGCGGAAAACCCGAGCGACUUCGCCGCAUUCGUACGUACAAACCUAGGAAAAACUCCGCGAAAAUCCGCCAGUGUGAAAAGGCUAUAAAAAGAAAACACGGACAAAAAAGUGGAAACGAUCAUGAAGCCAGUGAAGAAUUCUAGAACUUAAAAAUGGUUCACUCCAUCAUUGCAUUGACACACUAACAACCUACUUGACAGAUGAUAUUGGUUCCACGAUCGCUUUCGUUCUUUAAAGAUUUUCAAGUCAAUUUCAUAUGGGGUAUUGCUUAGUACAUAUCUAUGUAUAUGGAGUGAUUCUACCAAACCCAUAGACGAAAGCUAUCCAAUACGUGGUGGCGGGCUUAGAAACUUACAACAUUUUUAACGGACCACUUAAAUUAUCGAACUUGUAGUGCAUUUAUCUAUAACCUUAUCAACCAUUUUUAGGAACAUUGUAAAUUUGUAAUGCCUCGGUUUUAUGCGUUUUAUGACAAAAACUACAAUACUUAUGCUAAACGAAUAAUAACUUGUUUAUAGGAACUGAGCAUAAAAUUUGCACUAGGUACGUCAGUUUGUUGCAAGGGUCUAGGCCCACCAUUACACGGUAUAAUAUCUGGAUACUACUUGUCACGCGUUGACUGUAUAAGCGCUUUAUCCAAUUUUUAAUAUUAUUAGUGUUAACGCAUACAUACCGUGAUAUUUUCAUCGUUUUCAGUGGAAUUCAUCUUAAAAAUCUUAAAACUGAAUUUAGAAGAUUUUAAAAGUCAUUUACAUAUAUCGAACGCGGUUCUAAAUUAAAUCCAAAAAGAAAAGGUUCGAAUGUCAUUCAACAAUACGGGUUUAGACCCUAUGAACGAUAUUACGACGAUUCUUUAUUUCAGCUCGAUCUAUCUAUCGACCAUCACCCGAUGCUAUUGAUCAAUAACACCAUGGAUUGGUCCACGCCAUCUCAACCUGUGUUAGUUAUAUCUACUUAUCCUAUCUACCGGUCGAUCGACUUUCAAUCAAAAAUAUUUUAGGCGAAGAUAAAAAAAAACGAAACUUCCAAAUUGGCCGAAGUUCUCGCGAUGCUUCGAAGAUGCUACGUUUCUUGAAAUUCACUAUACUUAGGUACAGCACGACUUGAGUUGUCAUUUUUUAAACUUCACAAACGCCAUUAAUACAAUCGCAUUGUAUUGCUGCAACUUAAAUUAUUAAUUUUUUGGUCGAUUGUUCAAUCCCCAAAAACGUUUUAAGUAAAUAAUAAUGUCAUGUUGAUAGACUUUAAAAAGAUUUGUCGGCCUAAAACUAUGCUGUAGUUGAAGUUGAAGUAUUUGCACGGUUAACAAUCGGGCCUUAUUCAAACUAUUUGGCGCAACUAUGGUAUUAACAUUAAUCUGAUCUUUAGGGCGUGUUCACAUAUAAAGUCUUCAUUUAUCUAUAGAAUAGUAGUUACUGUAGUGUGAGGAAACUCGUAUAACUCAAUCGCAAAAGACCUGUGAUAUGAAUUUCUAUAUGAAAGCACCCUUAAAUUAUACAGAUUUAUUAAAAGGUUAGAAAAAAAUAAUUGUACGCACUUCAUUACAUACUUAUUUUAACUAAUCCGCUGUAACAACUUUAGCGGACUGCAAUCGGGGAAAAUGUCACGGUAUAUAUGAUAGGUUAGUUAGAUAGUCAAAUAAGGUUGCACACACAUUGCAUUUUAAUAUUGAUUCUCUCAAAAGAUCACAAGGUUUAGCCAAUCUUUCAUGUUUCCUAAGAACUUAUACAGAAAGCACUCGUAACAGCUGUGAGAAGUUGAUGUUUAAACCAUUUACCUUCAAGGCGAAUUAUUAUCUGACUAGCUAACUAUCUUGGAGUCAGUUUUCAUUCUGCGCCUGAGUGUCGAAACCAUUGCCUAUUUGAUCUCUCCAACCCAAGAAGUUACUGGACGACCAGCGGGGGUAUACUGACGUUAAAAAUGAAAACUGAAACUUCCAAUCCAGUAUAGUAAUCGAAUAGCGAAAUUUGUCAAAAUUAAAUCCAAAUUGAUGGUUAGGAGCAUUAUAAAUACCUAAUAGAAUGGAAUAGUAGCACCACUAACUACCACCUCCUACCACUGGUCACUAAUUAACAUUACAGCAAGUCUUAAGGUUAAAUGGUUUAAAAGCAUAAAUUCAUAUUUACUAUGGAACAUGCUUGGCAGGUUAAACAUCUUUGAUCUAAUCUGGACACCAAACCAAAAAUGAUCACAAAUAUGUUAUUUACCUUGGUGUAAUUUUUUUUUUUAUAAACAGAAAAGGAAAAGAUGAAUGAGUACAUGAAUUAAUUAUGAAAAAAUACAAUACUAUAAUUGGUCCGAGUACCUAUUACGUCAUUCCGUCGUAUUUCCAUAUUAACUAUGACAGUGUUCGUAAUAAACCCCUGAUACAUGAAGUAUGAAAAAUAUUUCAGAAAAAAGUUAACUGACAUCGGAUUCAAAAUUGAUUAAAUGAAAAACAAUGGCUCGUCCGAUCAAAAUUAAUGAUUUUUACAUAAAUAAUGGCUCGUCUUGGCGAGGGCACUCCUAUGCCCCCAAUCUAAAUUAAUAAAUUUUGCGACUAAUGGUUUAAUGCAAUCUGCGUUAUAAAAAAAUAUGACUCCGCAAAUCAUUAACAUUUAAUCAAAUCUCCUUAACGAUUCGUCCGAGAACGGACACUGUAUUUUGACGGAAAAACAAAAGAAUCUUAAAACGGAACAAAAAACAAUCAAUGUUAACAGUGUGAUAAAACAAAAGCACAAUAUUAAUGAUGCAAUGUGUGCGUAACCUUAUUUCUUAUGGUACCAUGGUUAUUCAACACGCGGCUUUUAAUUUCGUCGUUCUAUGAUUUCAACAAAUCUGAGGGAUUGGAAACAGUAGCAAAAUUAGAACGAAAGAAAAUUCAAAAGGUAUUAAAAAAAAAUAUUCUAAAUUCAACUACGUACGUUCGAUUCGAAAAUGAAAAUUGUCUAACUAUUAAACAUUGAAGUUUUAAUAACUUUUGAUUUGAUGAACUUCAAAAUAAGCUUGCUGUCCUGAUUGAAACUUGUUCUGAUGAAUCAUCUGAUUGAGAAGAUGCUAAAUAUCUAUGGUUUUGAUAUAAUGUAAGUCUCUCAGAUUUGUUGCUCUUUACGUUUGCAUUAUUGAUAAUAUUAGAAGAAAUAUAUAACCGUCGAUUGAAAUCAUAGAGCUAGAGGCUGGUUGCUCUCUGAUUUCAGAUCGUUGCAUUUGUUAAAUGUUACAGAUUUUCUAUUUUUCUACCGAAAAAAUAUAUGCCUAGUUGACAGUUUGUUAUCAUUACAAAUUAUAUUUUUUUAAAUACUCAAAUUAUUUUUAUAUAGAGGUUAUGUAAUUAUGCAUAAGACAGAGAUCUAUUUAGGGAAUUAGAUAUCUAGCUGUAAGAAAUAAAGAAGUAUAUUUUUAUACAAAACACAAAAUGAAAAAUAAAAAUCAAAAAAUACAAAAUCCCAAAAAAAGUUUUGCCGCGUCUUGUAUAUCUCUCAUGGUACCAAUAGUGUCCUUUCGGUGUGCUUCGUAUAGAUACCAUCAACUCGAUGUGUUUAGUGCCCCACGCAGUCCACUUACUUAUAAAUAGGAUAAGUUAACUUUAAUAGUGUAAAAUUUCAUGAGAUACACCAGAGAUACCUCCGAAUGAUGUACAUACAGUUGAUGUAUUAGAUUACUUGUAAACUAAUUAGAUCUGAUGUUGUCGAAAGAUAUAUAUUUUAUAUUAUUAUAAGUUGUAAUAUAUGUAGCGGUUGAUCAUUUGAUUUGAAGAAAUCGAUCAAGAUAGACUAGCAAUGAUAUUAUUGGUUAGGUUAAAUGCAGAUAUAUUUGUCGAUAGCUUGGUAAGCAUGCAAACCUUCAGAGUCUUGUACCUGCCAGGUAACCCAUAUACCUCACACCGAUAGUUGUGUCGCGGUUCAUCUGAGAAGGUCACAUCUACGAAAUCGAUAAGGCAACAUCUUCGGGAGCGAAAGUAACUUAGGAAACGGGGAGAAAUACUCAUUAUUUGUACCUAUUUAAGAUAACAUUUGUCAGUAUGGUAGUCCUUCGGAAAAUCUUAACCCGUAGGUACAUAUUUGGCAUUAUAAGAGAAAUUGUUGAAACGUAAAUUGUUAUUGUACCUCAAUUCUAAAGCAAAUAAAUUCUAUUGGUUCUUAUUGAGGUAUCAUUUUAAGAUUUUCCGUACCACCACCCAGUUAACGAUUGUAGAUUACAGAUAGAAUUACAUAUACUCUUAGUGUAAUAUUUGUCGGUGGUGGAAUGAUAAAUACUCAGUAAAUUUUCAAUUACUAUGUGUCUAUGUUAUUAUGACUGCGCCGUUGCACCGAAUAUUUAGUCUACAGCAUUUGCAACUCCCUGUAAAGUACGUCAAUAGAGUAUUGAUCGGCCGCACGGCGCAGUUCACCAUAUACUUAUCCAAGCAACUUAUAUCGAUGUCAAAUUGUAUUCUAGUGUAGUAGAACAGUUUUCGCCAAACUCGAUGGCGGCUCGCAACUAUAUUCACACCGCAAGCACGCGCACGUGGCCCCGCAUCCCCGCCACCUGCGGAUUCCUUAAAAUGGUUUCUGCGCAGCAUCUACGCGCCGUUCCGUGACGACAAAAAGUUUGGCGAGAACUAUAGGUGAAAAUAAUCGUGUAUUUAACCAUCAAUACUCGUGUGUUACUUACGAAUCUCUGAAUGUUAUAAUAUUAUUGAAAUAUUAUGUGUAACCCCCAUAACUAAGUAUGUACUGUAUGUCGUAUCUGUAGGAUCAGUAGUCACUUGGAUCUUUGUCUUGAAUAUUUCCAUUGAUAGCUGGUAGCCCAACCAUAUAUAACAAUGUAAUCCACGCAAAGCAGGAGCACAGCUACAUUUCAAUUGUAACUUUUUAAAUGUUUAAGCCAGAAUCAUGUAACAUCAUUUAAUUCAUUCAAUAAAUAUCAUUAAAUGUCA